AUGUUAAACGCCGUGUUCUAUUCUCGGGAGCGGGGGCCGGCGUGGACCGGACCACGCCUAAGGUUGCCCGUGCAGUGCCGCGGUUGCCUCUCCGCUGCAGGCAUCGCCUCCUCGGGCAUGCUCCGCAGGGUGGUGGUGCCGGACGCGCCGGGCAGUGGCGGGGAUGCGGCUCCGCGGCCCGUGGCGUUCUACCGGCUGUUCCGCUACGCGACGUGGCGCGAGCUGGGGCUCACGCUGCUGGGGGCGGCGCUGGGCGUGGCCUCGGGCUGCGGCAUGCCGCUCAUCAUCAUCCUGUACGGCGAGUUCACCACGCUGCUGGUGGACCGCCACGUGGAGAACACCACCAGCAACCCCACGGCGCUGCUCAGCCUGUACGGCGGCGGCCGCAUCCUUGUGAACGGGAGUGAAGAACAGAGGCACGCCUACCUGCUGAAAGACUCGGAAGCCUUUGGGGUUCUCUGCAGUGCCACGGGACUCGUGCAGAUGGUGCUAGGGAUACUGAGCAUCGCCUGUCUAAACUACUCAGCCCAGCACCAGAUAAACAGAGUGAGGAAACUGUUCCUGCAGGCGGUCAUGAGACAGGACAUGGCCUGGUGCGACACCAACAGCACGGCGAACUUCGCGAGUCAGCUGACCGAAGACCUGGACAAGCUGCAAGAAGGCAUCGGAGAGAAGAUAGGAAUAUUCAUGUACCUGCUGAGCACGUUCGUGUCCUCCGUCAUCAUGUCCUUCAUCCACGGCUGGAAGCUGACCCUAGUUGUGCUGAGCUGCGCGCCGGUCAUCAUAGCCGCCACGGCGCUGGUGGCGAAGGUUCAGAGCUCGCUGUCGUCCAAGGAGCUGGAGUCGUACGGCGAAGCUGGGGCGGUGGCUGAAGAGGCGCUCAGCUCCAUCCGCACCGUCGUGGCUUUCGGCGGCGAAGAGAAGGAGGUCGAGAGGUACUCGGACAAGCUGCAGGCGGCCGUGGCGGCCGGCGUGAAGCGCGGCCUGUUCUCCGGCGUGGGCGGCGGCAUCAGCUGGUUCAUCAUCUACAGCUCGUACGCCAUCGCCUUCUGGUACGGCGUCGACCUCAUCCUGCAGGACCGCGACAAGCCCGUCAAGGAGUACACGCCGGCCAUCCUGGUCAUAGUGCUGUUCGGAGUGCUGGCCGGCGCCAUGAACAUGGGGCUGGCGUCGCCGCACAUCGAGGCGUUUGCCGUGGCGCGCGGCGCGGCGGCCGCCGUGUUCGCCGUCGUGGAGCGGCCCUCCGGCAUCGACGGCCUCAGCGACGCCGGCCGCAAGCCGCCCGCCAUGGACGGCCGCGUGCGGCUGUGCGGCGUGCACUUCAACUACCCGGCGCGGCCGCAGGUCGAGGUGCUGCAGGGCCUGGAUCUGGAGGUGAAGAGAGGGGAGACGGUGGCGCUGGUGGGCAGCUCCGGCUGCGGCAAGUCCACCGUGCUCCAGCUCGUGCAGAGGCUAUACGACCCGCUCCGGGGACAGGUGCUGAUCGACGGGGAGGACGCGCGCGAGCUGAACGUGGGCUGGCUGCGCAGCCACGUGGGCGCCGUGGGGCAGGAGCCGGUGCUGUUCGCCGCCAGCAUCGCCGACAACAUCCGGCACGGGCGCGAGGGCGCCUCGCAGCGGGAGGUCGUGGAAGCCGCGAGGCAGGCCAACGCGCACGAGUUCAUCUCCAAGCUGCCUCAGGGCUACGACACACUGGUGGGGGAGCGCGGCGCGCAGCUGUCCGGCGGACAGAAGCAGAGGAUCGCCAUCGCCCGGGCGCUGGUGCGAAACCCGCGCAUCCUGUUGCUGGACGAGGCCACGUCAGCGCUGGACACGCACAGCGAGGCCAUCGUCCAAGACGCCCUGGACAAGGCCCGGCGGGGCAGGACCACGCUGAUCGUGGCCCACCGCCUGUCCACCAUCGUCUCGGCGGACAGGAUCGUGUACCUGUCGGAGGGCCGCGUGGCGGAGCAAGGCACCCACGACGAGCUGAUGGCGCUGCAGGGCCACUACUGGAGCCAGGUCACCGCGGAGCUCACCGCGGCAUCGGCGGAUCAAGAGCACAUAGAAGACGGAAUGAAGGUCCCCACUGACGGCAUCAAGUCUGAAAUCGCUCGUCGCACGUCUGCUCAUUCUCUGAAGAAAGAGAAGGACGUGAAUUUCAAUUUGGAGCAGGACGACGGGGAGUACGACGUGCCGUUCGCGCGUGUGAUGGCGCUCACCGCCCCCGAGUGGCUGUGCAACUCCGUGGGCUGCCUGGCGGCUCUGCUGGUCGGCUCCGCGCUGCCCGGGUUCGCUGUGCUCUUCGGCGAGGUCUACCGGGUUCUGUCCCUGGUUGAUGUUGAUGAAAUCAUCUACAGCACACGAACUUUUUGCAUACUGUUCGUCGCUAUUGGCUUAGUUACCGGUUUUGGGACAUUUUUUCAGAUGUACGCGUUCGGCAAGGCGGGCGUGAAGCUGACCUCGCGGCUGCGCGUCGACACCCUGCAGGCAGUCCUGCGCCAGGAGAUGGGGUGGUUCGACGACGAGAGGAACCGCGUGGGGGUGCUGUGCGCGCGCCUCUCCGGCGACGCGGCCAGCGUGCACGGGGCCACAGGCACCAGGAUCGGAGUGAUCCUGCAGUCGUCGGCGACGAUGGUGAUCGGCGUGGUGCUGGGACUCUACUACUCGUGGAAGAUGACGCUGGUGUCCCUCGUCUCGGUGCCGCUCAUCUUCGGAGGAAUCUACGGCGAGUCCAAGAUAAUACACAGCGAAGGGCUGCAGGAGAAACAAGCCCUGGAGACUGCGACGAAGAUAGCCGUCGAGGCGAUAUCCAACCUCCGGACCGUGGCUAGUCUCGGAGCGGAGCGCCUGUUCAUCAAGCGGUACGAGCAAGAGCUGCAGGUCGCCAAGAAGGCGGCGGCGAUGAAGACCAGGCUCAGAGGAUUCAUCUUCGCCUUCGGCCAGAGCUCGCCCUUCUUCGGCUACGCGCUGAGUCUGUACUACGGCGGUUAUCUCGUCGCCACCGAAGGGCUCCCCUACGAGAACAUUAUCAAAGUGUCGGAGGCGCUGCUGUUCGGCGCGUGGACGCUGGGCCAGUCGCUCGCGUACGCCCCUAGCGCCAGCUUGGCGAAGCUCGCGGCGGGUCGCCUGUUCAAGCUCAUCGACCGCAAGCCGCUCAUCGUGUCUGUGGACCACAACCGCAACUGGACGGCGGGCGACGGAGGCCUGGAGUACUCCAAGGUGCGGUUCUCGUACCCGGCGCGGCCCGGGGUCCCCGUGCUGCAAGGCCUGGACCUGCUGGUGCAGCCGGGCCGCUCCGUGGCGCUGGUCGGCCCCAGCGGCUGCGGCAAGUCCACCUGCGUGCAGCUGCUGCAGCGCUUCUACGACCCGGCGUCCGGCUCCGUCUCCGUGAACGGCACCGACGCGCAGGACGUGCCGCUGAGGACGCUGAGGUCGCAGCUGGGGCUGGUGUCGCAGGAGCCCACCUUGUUCGACCGCACCAUCGCCGAGAACAUCGCCUACGGGGACAACGACCGCGCCGUGCCCAUGGAGGAGGUCAUAGAGGCCGCGAAGAAGGCCAACAUCCACAGCUUCAUCACGUCGCUGCCGCAAGGCUACGACACGAGGCUCGGCUCCAAGGGCGCGCAGCUGUCCGGCGGACAGAAGCAGAGGAUCGCCAUCGCCCGGGCGCUGGUGCGCAACCCGCGCAUCCUGCUGCUGGACGAGGCCACGUCAGCGCUGGACACGCACAGCCAGAAGGUGGUGCAAGAGGCGCUGGACAAGGCCCAGGAGGGCCGCACCUGCAUCACCAUCGCGCACCGGCUCGUCACGGUGCAGCAGGCCGACGUGAUCUGCGUCAUCAGCCAGGGAGUCGUGGCGGAGGCGGGCUCGCACGCCGAGCUGCUGGCCAAGGGCGGCCUCUACAGCCAGAUGGUGAAGCAGGCGGCGCCGGCCAAGUGACGGCCAUCGCCACUACCGCACAAGGCGGGGCCUACCGCCACCUCCCUCCCACCAGCUCCUCCUCUUCGCUAUCCCGCCAAUCAUAGUCCUCAUUCAGUAGCACAGUACUGGCCGCGCAGUAUAGGAAGUGUGCUGUGGGCGAGGUCUGCAGCGUAGAUAUAGGAGGAAUCCCUGUGGCUUUGUAAGCCGCCAUCAUUCAUCAUAUGCUACGGGGGUGGAGCCUACUGCCAUCUAUAAACCACUUACUCCUCCUCAUCGCUCUCCGGCCAAACAUAGUCCCCAUCAGUAAGUAGCACAGUCCUGGCCACGGAUUAAGUGUGAUGUGGCUUUGGAAGCUGUCAUCAUUCAUCAUAUGCUACGGGGGUGGAGCCUACUGCCAUCUAUAAACCACUUACUCCUCCUCAUCGCUCUCCGGCCAAACAUAGUCCCCAUCAGUAAGUAGCACAGUCCUGGCCACGGAUUAAGUGUGAUGUGGCUUUGGAAGCUGUCAUCAUUCAUCAUAUACUAUGGGGGUGGAGCCUACUGCCACCUACAAACCACCUACUCCUCCUCAUCGCUCUUCGGCCAAACAUAGUCCUCAUCAGUUGCACAGUACUGGCCACGGAUUAAGUGUGAUGUGGCUUUGAAAGCUGUCAUCAUUCAUCAUAUGCUACGGGGGUGGAGCCUACUGCCACCUACAAACCACCUACUCCUCCUCAUCGCUCUUCGGCCAAACAUAGUCCUCAUCAGUAGCACAGUACUGGCCACGGAUUAAGUGUGAUUUGGCUUUGGAAGCUGUCAUCAUUCAUCAUAUACUACGGGGGUGGAGCCUACUGCCACCUACAAACCACCUACUCCUCCUCAUCGCUCUUCGGCCAAACAUAGUCCUCAUCAGUAAGUAGCACAGUCCUGGCCACGGUUUAAGUGUGAUGUGGCUUUGGAAGCUGUCAUCAUUCAUCAUAUACUACGGGGGUGGAGCCUACUGCCACCUACAAACCACCUACUCCUCCUCAUCGCUCUUCGGCCAAACAUAGUCCUCAUCAGUAAGUAGCACAGUCCUGGCCACGGUUUAAGUGUGAUGUGGCUUUGGAAGCUGUCACCAUUUGAGCAUGUGCUAUCGGGCCAGGGCCUUCUGUCUUUUUCAUCCCGCCUGCUCCUCCUUUUUUCUGGCUGUCCGGCCAAUCGUAGUACUUUAUUUAGAGAUGCAGUACUGCCAUGCAGUAUGGGAAGAGUGCCGCAUGCGUGGUCUGCAGCAUAGAAAUAGGUGGGAACUUUACCGCUUUGGAAGCGGCCACCAAUCACCAGGGACAAUUUUAUGUGGGGCCUACUGCCACUUUGCACUCACUCGCUUUCCACCGUCCUACUUCUUGUUGUCCGGAAAAUAUAGUCGUGAUUCAGUAGCCCUGUUUUGGCUGCGCAACUUAGGUAGGGUGCUGCGGGCGUGUUCUGCAGCGAAGCAUAAUAAGACGUAGCUGGGCGGCUUUGGAAGUUGCCACCAAUCAGCACAUGCUAUGGGGGCGGGGCCUACUGCCACCUCCCACAUACUCGCUCCUCCUCCUUGCUGUCGGGCCAUUAGUUGUCCUCAUUCAGUAGCGCAGCACUGGCCACACUAUCUGAGAAGAGUGCCGUCUGCACUAUAGGGAUAGAAGGAAGCUCUGCGGCUUUGGAAGCUGCCACCAAUCACCAGGCAUUUUGGAGGUGGGCGUACGGCCACUUGCCACUUACUUGCUCCUCCUACUCGUUGUCCGGACAAACAUAGUCUUCAUUCAGUUGGCCGCGCAGUCUACGAAAGGUGCCGCGGGCGUGGUCAACGGCACAUAACUGGAAAGGAGGUCUGUGGCUUUAGAAUCUGCUGCCUGAUAUGAACGCGGAAGUAUCACUGCGCUGUCUCUUUCUUGGCUGCGUGUAUUGUAGCUAUUAUAAGCUUGGCAUUUAUGUAUUACCCGCUGAUGUAUAUGUUUUCACAAUGUUACUAAUAAAAUUAAACAUUUACAUCAAA